AUGGCUUCUGGAUACGGUCUCCACGGAGGACCCUCGCGGUGCUUCCCGUUCUGGCAAGAGGUGCUGGCUUGCUACGUCGUCAAUACUUCCAGCGAGGACGACUCUGGCAAGAAGAAGUGUGCGCCGAUUCUCGAGGACUACUACGAAUGCCUGCACCACAAGAAAGAGGCUGCGAGAGUCAAGCAGUUGCAACUGGCAUACCGAAAGGCCGAAACAGCCAAUGCGAGAGACGAUGCGCCGAGCGCCGGUCAAAUACGGAAUCUGGGGCUGCUGAACAAGGAGGAAGAUACCAAGAAGGUGCUGGGCUCAUGA